CCAAUGACGUAUUUUCUGAAUAGCAAAAUGGCGUUGUAGCGUCGCUUGUGUUGUAAAUAAGAAAAUAUUUUAAAAUAUAUCCAUAGAAAACGAUAAUUGAAAUCACUACAAAGCAUCGGAAGGAUAUGCUUCAGUGAAUAUCGCAAAGCCGAUGUAGUUGUUGUUUAGUUAUACCAAAUAAUGGAAACAAACAAAGAACUUGAGCUAAAUAAUGGAGAGAAUGUGCCUCCACCAGAUACUACUAACACAAUUAGUGCAACUGAAAGUGAGGUUGCCAAUAUCAUAGUAUCAGAAUUUCAACAAUCUCUUGAAGGUGAAAAUGUUGCAAUGGUUGAAGCAACUAACAUCCUCACUGAAGAUAAUGAUAGUGCAGCAUCUGAACCAAAGGAUGACGACAUGGAGGUAGAUGAACCUAUUGUAAAGGAACUUGAACAAGUGAGAGAAGAACCUAUGUUGGUGUCUUUUAAUGAAAGCAAUGAAGACACUAGUUUAAAACAAGAUGAGUCAGGAGAGGUAGCUAUGACUAUUGAACAAAUUCCAGAGACAGUAGAUGAAAUUCCAAAUGAGACAAUUGUUGAAACUGAAGUUCCACACCAGGAACAUACAGUGCAACAUGAAGUGGCUAGUGAGCAACAUGAAGCAUCUAUUGAGCAACAUGUAGUGGCUAAUGAGCAACAUGAAGCAUCUGUUGAACAACAUGAAGCAUCUGUUGAACAACAUGAAGCAUCUGUUGAACAACAUGAAGAAUCUAUUGAACAACAUGAAGAAUCUAUUGAACAACAUGAAGAAUCUAUUGAACAACACGAAGAAUCUGUUGAACAACAUGAAGAAUCUAUUGAGCAACAUGAGGCAUCAGUAGAACAAUAUGAGGUUUCUCUAAAAGAUGAGACAUCUGUUGAACAACUUGAAUCAUCCACAGAGCAACAUGAGGCUUCUGUUGAGCAGCAUGAAGAAACUGUUCUGGAGCAAAUGGAUCAAUCAACAGAACAAAUAACAGAAAUUAUUGAUGAUAUGCAGGAGACAGUACCAGAUAAUAUCCAAGUCAUUGAAGGUGAAAUUGAAGAUCAUAAAGAUAUAGUUGAUGAAGAACAUGAGCAUAUAGAAGAGGCCACCAUUAUCAAAGUAGAUGAAUGUAAAGCUUCUGAAGAAUCUUUGUAUAAUCAGGAAUCUAAUGGAACUGAAGAUGAAGAAGAAGAAUUAGAGGAAUAUGAGGAGAUCACUCAAGAAGGUACUGUUCUAGUUGUUGCUUCAGGUGAGCCUGAAAUGAAGGAAAUUGUUGUUCGUACUCCAGAUGGUAGGGAAGGAACAGUUACUGUACAGCAAGUAACAGAUGAAAAUGGUCAAGUUUAUUUGGUAGAAACUAUGGAUAAUGUAAUUGUUAUGGAUGAGGAUGGAUCUCAUCACGUAGAGCAUGUAGAGAAUGCACCCAGGCCCAAAGUUCCAAGUCAUGUUUUAGGACGUAACAUUGAAAAUCCUUCAGUGGAUCCUUUCCGAAAUGGUAAAGCGCCUCCAAAGCCGAGGUUGGGCGUAAAGAUUCCGUACAGAAAUUUAACCAGUCAAAUUGUUAGCAAGCAAGAAAUUACAGCAGAGAUUAUGGAGAGAUCAAAAAGGUGCAGUAAACAAUCUCCAUCUGGGCAAAAUUUGUUUGCGAAACGGUUAACUCAGACGUUAGCAAAAAAGCUUGCUCCUAGUAAAAAGAAAUCAGUUGAAGGUUCCACUCCGCACAUUAUUAAGAAGGAACAAUUUAAUAAUUCUGAUCUUAUUGCUAUAUUAGAGGGUGAUGGUGAUGACCCAGAACCUGAAAUUGAAGCAGAACCAGAAGUUCCUGAACCAGAGGAACCAUUUAUAAUGACUAAGGAAAUGGAAAGAGCGAUAGCCUUAAAGCAAUUGCGAGAAUUACCAGAUGAUCCGCCUGUUGAAGCAAAGCGGCCCGUGCCUCCGAAAAAAGACGAGUUUACUUUUAGCAAAGAAGAUGAUAUAGAAAAAUCACUGAAACAAAUAGAAGAAGUACCAAAUUUAAGAAAGAUUAAAAGAAAUAGAACUGAUCUGGCGAGGGAAGAGGAAGAUGAUAUUCCUAAACCUACGCGGUUUACAAGUUCUGUUCCGUUGAAAACAUAUACAAGGAAAAGGAAGCAGUCUGAGGAAGUUAUACCAGAACCCAAGUCUAACGUACCGUCCCCAACGAAGCCGGUUUCUGAUUCAACUAAGAAAAUAGAUUUACCAUCAAAUUCUAAGAAUUAUAUAACGAAAAGUUCUAGAAUUAUUAAGAAGAAAAUUAUUUGGGAUCCUGAUGAGGUUUCACCAAAGAAAAUGUUGAAGACUGGUGAAAACAACAAAGAUAGACUUAUUACUGUCGUUAGGAAAGAGGUCAGCAACGAGGACAAAAAACUCGUAGCAAUAAAGAAGUUGAAGGAGGAGGAAUUGAAGAAGGCCGACCUGAAAAAAUGUGAGAAAAAUGAGAUACCUAAGAAGGCGGAUGGUUCUAAAAAACUUCAAACAAGUCCAAAAAUGGAAUCCCCAAAACCUGAAAAGAAGAUUUUGGUGAAAGCAGUUAGCCCUCAUAAAUUAGACAACAAAAUGACGAACGAGAAGUUGGCUGCUUUGAAGGGUAAAAAGAGACCAACAGAAGUUGAUAAAUUGCUUAUGGACGAAGGCGCAGUAAAUAUGCUGUAUUCAUUUAAAAAUUCCGAAGAUGAUUCUAGAACCAAGAAGGUUAACAAAUCUUUGAUGAGUAAAACAAAUGAGUUAUUAAAUGAUUUGCAAACUAAUACGGAUAAAGUAUCUCCUAAGGCUUUGAGAAAAAAAGAUGGUACACCGAUUCAAUUAAUUAAGACACAUAAGAAAUCUGCGUCUCCUGCACCAAUUACAGCGAUGUCCCGACAAAAAUCUAGAGAUUCUGUGAGAAGUUCAAUUUACAGUUCUCCAGGUUCGCCUGGAUCCAAUGCAGAUGCUUCUAGGAUUAUACGCAGACAUUCGAGUAGUUCAUUUUCCAGCGAAGAUGAGAAUGAUUCUGAUAUGGAAGAUGACGAGGAAAUUAAAGAAAAAGUUAGGGAAGUUAGAGAAGUCAGGGCCAUCAGACGGAAAGCAGACACAUCUUUAGAUACAAUCAAGAAAAGGAGGAAAGAAAAGGACGACAGUCAUGAUAUUGAUCAUAACGAGGCACAGUUUAAUAAGCUUGUUGAUAGUGAUGACGACAAAUAUGACGAUUUUAAAACUUUUACGGUUAAAAAGGUUGACCAAGUCGUUGAAAUUAUUUUACACUGCAACGAUAAGGAUAAUGUAUAUUUAAAGAUUGAGAUGAUGCAAGAGAUUUCAAUAAUAUUGAAAGAGUUGGAGCAAGACGCUGAUUGCAAUGUAGCAUAUAUUACAUCGUCGGGUAAUUCGUUUAUGAAAGGAAUCAAGUAUAAGUCAUUAGUGGCGCAAAAGGAAGUCACCAGAAAAAAUCUUGCGAAGAAAAUGGCUACAAGUGUCAGGGAUUUCUUGCUGGCCCUGGCUAAUUUCCCCAAGCUAAUUGUAGCUGGUGUUCAUGGAAACAAUAUUGGCCUGGGCGUUACUAUGUUACCUUUAUUCGAUAUGGUUGUUUCGAACAGCUCUGCCACAUUUCAUAUACCCAAUGCUGACAUCGGCUGCAUGGCGGAAGGAGGAUCUCUAUUAUUACUUCCACAUCUGUCGCAAAAUGUUCUCAUUAGCGAAUUACUUUUCGUUUCUCAAAAAUUGGAGGCAUCUGAGGCUUUAAAGUUAGGAUUGGUGUCCAAAGUUCUCGAGACGGAAACUUUUGAAGAGAGCGUCAACACGCUGCUAACAAUAUUAUCCACAAAAUCAGCACAGUUCAUGGAAGCCACCAAAAAGCAAUUGAGAAAUCGUAUGAUCCCCGAUAUUACAGCGGCUUUGAAUUCCGAGACUGAAAAUCUAGUGCAACAAUGGAUAAGUUCAGAAUGUCAAAAGAAUUUUUCCGAUAUCUAACAUGACAUUAAUAAUUCGUCAAUGGGAUCAUGGUACAAAGUAAUAUUAAUAUUCCAUAACAAUUUUUAAAAUUGAAUAUUUUUAUAUAUAUAUAUUUGCAAAAUAAGAGUCGUAUAAUGGUAAUGCAAUUUUAUGGAGUAUCAAUAUUAUGUCAUUUUACAUUUACUUUAAGUCUGUCUGAGAUACGCGUUGAACGUAUCCCGCAUAUAAAUAUAUACGUUGUUAUUGUUUGCACAUCUU